CUUUUUCUUUUUUUUUUAGCAAAUACUGGUUCACUCCCGUGUAAAUGCUACCAAAGUGAUAUUUUUGAUUACGGAUGGAUAUUCCAAUGGAGGGGAUCCUCGGCCCAUUGCAGCAUCCUUGCGUGAUUUUGGAGUAGAGAUCUUCACAUUUGGGAUAUGGCAAGGCAAUAUCAGAGAGCUGAAUGACAUGGCUUCUCACCCAAAGGAGGAACACUGCUACUUGCUCCACAGUUUUGCAGAGUUUGAAGCUUUAGCACGCAGAGCCCUUCAUGAAGAUCUGCCUUCUGGUAGUUACAUUCAGGAAGACAUAGCGUAUUGCUCCUAUCUUUGUGAAGGGACUGAAAAUUGCUGUGAUACCAUGGCAAGCUGCAAAUGUGGUACCCACACAGGACAAUUUGAGUGUAUCUGUGAAAAAGGAUACUAUGGCAAAGGACUACAGCAUGAAUGUACAGCCUGUCCAUCUGGAACCUACAAGCCUGAAGGUUCACCAGGUGGAAUAAGCACCUGCAUCUCAUGUCCUGAUGAGAAUCACACUUCUCCACCAGGAAGUACUUCUAUUGAGGACUGUAUAUGCAAGGAAGGGUAUCGUCCUAGAGGUAAAUCAUGUGAAGUGGUCCAUUGCCCUGAGCUGCACCCUCCAGAAAAUGGCUAUUUUAUCCAGAAUGUCUGCAACAAUUACUUCAAUGCUGCUUGUGGAAUCCGAUGUAAAACAGGAUUUGAUCUUGUUGGGAGUAGCAUACGACUUUGCCAGCCAAAUGGUGUAUGGUCUGGUUCAGAGACAACUUGCAGAGUUCGCAAGUGCCCCAAAUUCUCAACCCCUCAAAACGGCCGUAUUAAUUGCUCACUAAGUGAGAUCUCUUACAAGACGGUGUGCUUAUUCACUUGUAAUGAAGGCUAUGAACUGGAAGGCAACACCAAGCUUACCUGUCAAGGCAACUCACAGUGGGAUGGGAAGGAACCAAAAUGUGUCGAGUUGCAUUGCCCUGCCUUCCAAACCCCAAAAAGUAUUAUUGUUCACCCUUAUAUUUGUGGGCUUGAACGAUCAAAAUACAGAACUGUGUGCAGUCUCAGUUGUCCAAGUGGAUUCCUUUUGUCUGGUGUUAGAGAAGAACUGAGGUGUUUAAACACUGGAAAAUGGAGUGAAAAUGUGCACAAAGCUUUUUGUAAAGACAUUGAACCUCCCCAAAUUAGCUGUCCAAGUGAUAUUGAAGCAUCAACUCUGGAAAGCCAGAAUGCUGCAAAUAUUAGCUGGCAGGUUCCAGAUGCAGUUGAUAAUUCUAGAGAUGAGGUGUUAGUUCAGGUUACUCCGGCGUUUAUACCACCUUACCUUUUCCCAAUUGGAGAAGUUGACAUUACGUAUACAGCAACUGACAGAGCUGGCAAUGAGGCAUGCUGCUCUUUCAAGAUCAAAGUGAUUGACAUUGAACCCCCAGUAAUUGAUCAGUGCAGAUCUCCACUACCAAUUCAGGUCACUGAAAAGGAGCACAGAGUGAUGUGGGAUGAGCCACAGUUUUCAGACAAUUCAGGAACCACCUUAAUAAUAACUAAAACCCACUCACCUGGAGAUCUCUUUCCCAAAGGAGAAACAGUGGUUCAGUAUACAGCCACUGACUUGGCAGGAAAUAACAGGACCUGUGAGCUUAACAUUGUCAUCAAAGGUUCUCCUUGUGAAAUUCCCUUUACUCCAGUGAAUGGUGAUUUUAAAUGCACUGAAAAUGAGACAGGAGUUAAUUGCACAUUACUUUGCAUGGAGGGAUAUGAUUUUACAACAGGUUCCAAUGAAAAUUACUAUUGUGCCUAUGCAGAUGGUAUCUGGAACCCUCCUUACUCUACUGAGUGGCCUGACUGCUCUUUGAAUCGUUUGGCAAAUCAUGGUUUUAAAUCCUUUGAAAUGUUGUAUAAAGCAACACGAUGUGAUGAUAAUAAUCUUCUUAAAAAUUUUGUGGAAGUUUUUCAAAGUGCACUUGGUAAAAUGGUUCCAUCAUUUUGCAAUGAUGUUGAUGACAUUGACUGCAGGCUUGAGGAUUUUCCACAGAAACAUUGCUUAGAAUAUAAUUAUGACUAUGAAAAUGGCUUUGCAAUUGGUCCUGGUGGCUGGGGUGCCGUAAAUCGGCUGGAUUACUCUUACGACGAUUUUGUUGAAGUAGAUCCUGAAGAGGAACAACCUAAAUUAAUAUCUGAUUCUGUAGAUGUGGCAAACUCCCGGGUCAAAAGACACAAAAAAAGGAACGUGCCCAUGUCAGACCACAAAAUAAAGUUAAUUUUUAAUAUCACUGCUAGCGUACCCCUGCCUGAUAAACGCAAUGAUUCUCUGGAAUCAGAAAACCAGCAGCGCCUCCUAAGAACCCUAGAGAAGAUCACAAACAGAUUGAAAAGAACUCUCAACAGGCAUCCCAUGUAUUCUUUUCAGUUGUCUUCUGAACUGCUUAUAGCUGACACCAAUUCUCUAGAAGCUGAAAGGGCUUUUCUGUUCUGCAAACCAGGCUCUGUUCUACGGGGGCGAAUGUGUGUUAACUGUCCUUUGGGUACUUACUACUCUCUGGAACAUCAUGCAUGUGAAAGUUGCUGGAUUGGAUCAUAUCAAGAUGAGGAAGGACAGCUGGAAUGUAAAAAUUGUCCAUCUAACACCUAUACUGAAUAUCUCCAUUCCAGAAGCUUAUCAGAAUGCAAAGCUCAAUGCAAGCCGGGAACCUAUUCUCCAAACGGCCUUGAGAUCUGUGAAUCGUGUCCCCUUGGCAAAUAUCAGCCUACAACUGGAUCUAAGCACUGCCUUUCUUGCCCAGAAAAUAUGUCAACAGUCAAAAGAGGAGCUGUGGAUAUAUCAGCAUGUGGAGUUCCUUGUCCAGCUGGAGAAUUCUCACGUUCUGGUUUAAUGCCAUGCCAUCCUUGUCCCAGGGAUUAUUACCAACCUGAUCCAGGAAAGUCCUACUGCUUAUCUUGCCCAUUUUAUGGAACAACAACAAUUAUUGGGGCCAGAUCUAUAGCGGACUGCUCAAGCUUUGGCUCUACUUUUUCUGCAGCGGAGGAGAGUGUAAUGCUUCCAGUUGCUCCAGAAAAUAUCAGCAAGGACCCCAAAGUCAGCAGCCAGCAGGUGUUCCAUGAAUGCUUCCUGCAACCAUGUCAUAACAGUGGAACUUGCAAACAGGUUGGAAGUGGUUACGUUUGCAUAUGCCCACCAGGAUAUGCAGGAUUAAAAUGUGAAAAAGAGAUUGAUGAGUGCAAGUCAUCCCCCUGUCUCAACAAAGGGAUUUGCAAGGAUGGCACUGCAGGAUUCAUUUGCCAGUGUCAGCCAGGCUACUCAGGUUUACUGUGUGAAGAAGAUGUAGAUGAAUGCAAUUCAAAUCCUUGCCUGAAUAAAGCAGUCUGUGUUGAUGAUAUUAACGAUUACCAUUGCUUGUGUGCAAAAGGUUUCACAGGUACUUACUGUGAAGCAGAGAUAAAUGAAUGUCUUUCAAAUCCCUGCUUCAACAAAGCUACCUGUGAAGAUCAGGUUGGAGGUUUCCAUUGCAAGUGUUUACCUGGAUUUAUUGGUGCUCUGUGUGAAAAAAAUAUUAAUGAAUGUCUCAGUAGACCUUGUAAAAAUGGAGCCACAUGCAGAGAUGGAAUCAAUGGUUAUAGGUGUCACUGUGUUACAGGAUAUGCAGGGCCCCAGUGUGAAGUGAACAUCAAUGAAUGUGAAUCCAAUCCCUGUGAAAAUCAAGCAACCUGCAUGGAUGCCUUGAACUCGUACAUUUGUAAAUGUCCUCCUGGCUUUACAGGCAGCAGGUGUGAAACAGAGCAGUCUUCUGGAUUUAAUCUGAACUUUGAAGUCUCUGGAAUCUAUGGCUACGUUUUGCUUGAUGGUGUCCUCCCCUCACUCAAUGAGAUCACGUGCGCAUUUUGGAUGAAAUCCUCCGAUACUACAAAUUAUGGGACUCCAAUUUCUUAUGCAGUGGAAAAUGGAAGUGACAAUGCAUUUUUGAUUACAGAUUACAAUGGAUGGGUUCUGUAUGUUAAUGGGAAGGAAAGUAUUACAGAUUGCCCUUCUGUGAAUGAUGGCAAUUGGCAUCAUAUUGCUGUAACUUGGGCAAGUGCAGACGGAGCCUGGGGAGUGUAUAUUGAUGGAAAAUUAUCUGAUGGAGGCAGUGGCUUAUCUGUAGGAACAGAAAUCCCUGGUGGAGGUGCAUUAGUCCUUGGACAGGAGCAAGAUCAAAGAGGAGAAGGCUUUAAUCCAGCUGAGUCUUUCGUUGGCUCAAUUAGCCAGCUGAACAUUUGGGGUUAUGUUCUGCCUCCUGAACAGGUGAAGUCCUUGGCUACAUCUUGUCCAGAGGAACUCCAGAAAGGCAACGUAUUAGCCUGGCCAGAUUUUCUUCCUGGGGUUGUUGGAAGAGUGAAGAUAGAUCCCAAAAGCAUAUUCUGUGCUGAUUGUCAACCUUUAGAAGGUUCCAUUCCCCAUCUGAAAACUUCAUCAGCUAUUUUAAAGCCAGGAUCAAAAGUCUCUGUCUACUGUGACCCAGGUUUCCACAUAGUGGGAAAUUCUGUCUUGCACUGCCUAAAUUUAGGACAAUGGACACAACCUCUUCCACAUUGUGAAAGAAUUAGUUGUGGAGAACCUCUACCUUUAGAAAAUGGAUUUUACUCUGCUGAGGAUUUCUUUGCUGGAAGCUCUGUUACCUACCAGUGCAACAGUGGUUAUUACUUGUUGGGAGACUCAAGGAUGCUCUGUACAGACAACGGAAGCUGGAAUGUUAUUUCACCAUCUUGCCUUGAUGUUGAUGAAUGCGCAGUUGGUUCAUACUGUGACUCCCAUGCUUCUUGCCUUAACACAAAUGGAUCCUACAUAUGUACCUGCAUUCACCCAUAUAGAGGAGACGGCAAGAAAUGUACAGGUAAAGGAGCAGGAGUGCAGAGCAGUUUGGAUGAGCAUAAGGAAAAUUGCCCAGCUUGUUUUCUGUAGAAUCACAGUAGAAUUUUAGCUCUAGGUUAGUCCUCCUAUUCAGAUCCAUCACUGAGAUUCCAGAUUACCAGCCUCACAAAGUCAG